CGACAUAAGGAAGAGUCUGACACAGGUUCACACCGUCUCAGCACCCCUUCGUCGACGAACUUCAGCUUCACUACUAGUCACCAUGUCCACCCCUGCUAUCCUUGGUAUCAACUUUGGCCAGUCUUACGCCUCUAUAGCCGUCCUUGACAAGGAAGGUCAUCCAACUUGCAUAGCCAACGAAGAUGGAGAACGGCAGAUUGCAUGUGCCAUCGCUUACGCCGGUGAAGAGGUCUAUAUUGGAAAUGGCGCAAAGCCACAUCUUGUCAAGAAUGGCAAAAACACCAUUAUGGGGUUCAGAAAUCUGCUUGGGCACACGUACGACCAAGUAGACCAUACUGCUAUCUUCACCGCCCCACUCAUUCCCGAAUCCGAGACACCCGCUUACACCGUCGACAUCCUCAUUCCUCCUCCCAAAAUCGCCUCCGCACCCGGUCUCCGUUCAGCUGCAGCAUCAGGAACAGCCACUCCCAAUCCCGCCGCUCUCGAACCUGUCCCAUCUACCAAAACCCUGACAGUACCAGAAGUCACCACACUCUUCCUCUCCACCCUUUUCGCCUCUGCGAUCGACUUUCUGGGUACCAAACCCACCGCUUGUGUCAUCUCCGCUCCAACUUGGUUCACACAUGAACAGACUGAUGCCCUGAAGGCAGCUGCUACUGCUGCCGGCAUCAAUGUCCUUCAGGUGUUGGACGAGGCUGCUGCGGUUUUGGUUGGGUACAGAGUGGGUCUGAGUGAGGAACGUAAAGAACGAGGCUUGCUAGGACAGCCAGAGGAGGGAGAUGCGGGUGAAGUGGAGAAGAGGGAUAAAAAGGUGGUGGUGCUUGACAUGGGAGAGACUAGUUUGGGAGUAUCGGUAAUUGCUUGUUCAGAAGGAGAGUAUACGGUCUUAGGGAAGGGGAGGGACGAUAAGCUGGGUGGAAGGGAAUUCGAUAAUUUGCUACUCAAACACUUUGCCAAAGAAUUCACGAAAAAAACCAAAGUCCCUCUUGACUUACCAUGCGCCGAAGGUGCUCAUGAAGCCGACAAACGGGCCGAAGCCAAGCUUCGUCUAGCUGUCGAACAUACCAAACGUUCACUCUCGGCUAGUGCUGGUGCCGCGACCUGUGCAGUGGAAUCCCUCAAAGACGGAAUGGAUUUAUCAACAUCUAUCAAUCGACUCCGAUUCGACUCCCUAGCCUCCUCAGUCUACCGUCAAGUCGGUUCCCGUCUCACUGACAUCAUCACCUCUAGCGGUUUAUCCUUGUUACAAAUAGACGAGGUACUCUUGGCAGGUUCAUCUACCCUUUUCCCGGGUCUUCAAUCCCAUUUAUCCCUCCUUGUACAACCCACGACACCAGUGACGUCUACUAUCGAUCCUUCUGAGGUGAUCGCUAUUGGUUGUGCUUUACAAGCUCUUCAUCUGUCCACUCUAGACUCUGCUUUGAAUUUGGACGAGGUGUUGGCUUUGGGAAAGAACGAGGUUCUAACUUUGGCUCAACCAAUUGGGAUUUGUCUCCCUCAACUUCACGCUUCCAAUGGUGAUGGGAAUGAAGUGGAGAUGGUAAAGAUUAUCGAUGUCGGUGCUCCUUUACCUUCUCGAAGAAGAGUUGUCAUACCUACUAGUGGAAAAGGAAAAUACGGAGUGGAGAUAUGGGAGGGAGAAGAUGAGGUGAAAGUGACUAAAAUCGAAAAGACCGAGACUACGAAAGAGAAGAUUGAAGAGGAUGGAGAAGAUGAAGAGGAGGAUGAUGAAGAGGAUGAAGAAAUCAAAACUGUCAUUACUCUCAGAAAGACUUUGUUAGGUGCUGUCGAGAUAGAAGUGGAAGAAGGGUCGGUGGUAUUGGAAAUCAUCGUAUCGCGUGGGGGUGGGGUGGAAAUGAGAGCUUGGGAAGAGGGACAUGAAGAUAGGUCGGAGAAGUUUGAGAUGUGAACCAGACCGACGAUUUUCUCACUCCUCAUCUGGGAUCUGGGAUCUGGAAUCUGGGUUGUGGGAUCUUAUAUUCUGAUCUGAUCAAUGUGAGCCUGGACCUCAAGCGUGGAGAUGUAGGAGUUUGGGAAUGAACGGAGCAGUGUUUAGACAUCUAGAUAUCUAGAUGAAAAUUGGUUUUGACAACAAAGACAAGAUGAGAAAGAAGAUUCAGUAUCUCAUGCAUGGGGAGAAUUAUGAAAGAUGACCAUUUGUUGAUUUUGUGAAUAUCAUAUUCACGUCGAGAAAUUUGUGAAUACAUAAAGUAACAAACAAUUCAUGCAUUGUUUCAUGGGUUU